UAUGAAUGUUAUGCGUGUAAUUGAAUGUUAUUCGAGAAAACCGUUAAAUGUGCGCGUAUAGUACACUUGCAGAUCGGCUUCUGUAAUGUACCGCCUUCAUCCACUUAACUCUUCAAUUAUUUCAUCGACUCGAUUCGCAAGGAUGACGCUCAACGAUUCAUCCUACACCUAUAAAAGGAAAGAUAUUGUCAGUUGCUUAUGAAACGCGCAAUUUCUCAUCGACGACUCUCACGUUUGAGACAUCCUAUACUCAGCAGCGGAUUAAGGACUCCCUCUCUUUUAUACACUAGGCCCCGGAUGUGGGUCCAUAGUGUGCUACCUAACGAACGGUCUUCGUGCAAAGAGGACGCGGCGGCGGCGGUUCAGUAUUCAGUCGACGAGAAGACGCUGCAUCGCGAGGAUCAACAGGUGCGAACGAACGUCCGUCGCCGGAAAACAGCAUGGGGAACAUAUACGUCUGCAGCCUGCUCGCCGUAUUCGCUACACUUUUCGUCGCGGUGCAAUGCGGCGACAUAAUGCGCAAGAGCAUCGUCUUCGACAAGAAUACCCCGGAUGUGUUUUAUUGUCCGCAACACAAACCGAUCGGUUUCGAGAAAAUGCUGGUCAAGGCGAGACCGCUCUCUAGGCUUUGCCAAUUCGAGGGUCGCCCGAUACCGGAAGAUUACAAGAGUGACUGUUAUAACGACGUGGACGAAACUGAGUACGCAUGCAAGGAAAAGUACAGAAUUAUGAUGAGGCUUCAUCCGCCGGGGAGCGACACACCUUAUAACGGGACACGCCUGUACAAGUUCUUGGCCUUCGACAAGGAUUUACCGUACGCGCGAAAGAAUCAGGUGUAGAGGAGAGCGGCCGUGCCGCUUCAAGGACGACGGUAAAUUCAUGUCAAUGAAUGCGAUUAAAAAUGUUUGCAACGGAUAUUUGCUACGUUAUGAAUUUUAUAUGUUGAGGAUGCAACAAAAAAAAUAUCGCCUCGUUCCUAUAAUCCAAUUAAUGAAAAUUGCGUCCCAAUUUCGUACAAUCGAUCGGGCCGGACCCGCUUGCUAAUCGCUUAUAUUUAUGUUACCACUUAUUCCUGAGAUUCUUUUGUGUUUUAAACGAUUUUAACGACAAGAUACUGAUAACUUUGAUGACACACGAUGCGAGAAUGUUUUCUGGGGAUAUUUUGAAUAUUGAGAUUGCAAAUCUCUUCUUUUAUCUAUUUUUAGCAGACUCAUCAAUUUGGUAAGACAAGGAUUUGUUUCGUGUUGUUAAAAACAAAUUAUUAUAAUUAAAUUUAUCGAUUUCUCUCUAAAAAUACUUUAAUUAGUUUUUAUAAAAUUAUUUAUUUUCAAUUUGGUUUUCUAACUUGAAUAAUAGUAUUUUUAUAUGAAAUUUUGUUUUUUUUGUUUUUGUUAUAAAAAAAUAGCUACAAAUAUUUGUUGUGUCAUCAAAAUUAUCGGAAUUGUGCCAUUGUAACGUUCCUAUUCGCGGCUUAGUUUAAACGGGCCUUUUUUUCCAAACAAAGAUUAUUUUUGUAAUAUGGUUAAAAAUCGUUUUGUUUGUAACUUAUAUAGGUAGAGAGUAAUAUAUUUAAGGAUAUAUAUAUAAAAUCCAUUAUUGUAGAUUAUUAACUGUAAUCAAUAAAUGUGAAAAAAGAUAUUUAAUAUUCGACAUUAUAUUAUGACAAUAAUAUGUAGACAUACAUUUAUCAGAAUAAUAUACAAGUGAGAGAGAGAAAGAGAAAA